AUGGCAGACCAUACCCACAACAAGAUGUCCACUUCUGUUGUCGAUGGGAAUGAUUCCCUUACUGGUCACAUCAUAUCCACUACAGUAGGAGGAAAAAAUGGGAAGCCCAAACAGACUAGAAGUUACCUGGCAGAACGCAUUGUGGGGACUGGGUCAUUUGGAAUUGUCUUCCAGGCUAAAUGCAUGGAAACUGGGGAGCCAGUGGCCAUUAAGAAGAUUUUACAGGACAAAAGUUAUAAGAAUCGUGAGCUACAACUGAUGCGCAUGAUGGACCAUCCAAAUGUGAUCUCUCUGAAGCACCGUUUCUUUUCCACUACAAGUGCGGAUGAAAUUUUUCUUAAUUUGGUGAUGGAAUACGUUCCAGAGUCUAUGUACCGAGUCUCAAAGUUCUAUAGUAAUACAAAUCAGAGCAUGCCACUUAUCUUUGUAAAACUUUACAUGCACCAGAUUUUCCGGGGGCUGGCUUAUAUCCACACUGUCCCUAGAGUUUGCCACAGAGAUUUGAAGCCUCAAAAUAUUCUGGUUGAUCCUCUUACACACCAGGUUAAGAUAUGCGAUUUUGGAAGUGCGAAAGUGCUGGUUAAAGGUGAAGCUAAUAUAUCACACAUAUGUUCACUUUUCUAUCGAGCACCGGAACUUAUAUUUGGUGCUACUGAGUAUACUACUUCAAUUGAUAUUUGGUCUGCUGGUUGUGUCCUUGCUGAACUGCUUUUGGGCAAGCCAUUAUUUCCUGGUGAUAAUGCAGUGGACCAACUUGUAGAAAUUAUCAAGGUUCUUGGCACACCUUCUGAGGAGGAAGUUUGCUGUACGAAUUCAAACAGUAAUGAUUUCAAGUUUUCACAGAUAUUCCACGAAAAAAUGCCUCCAGAAGCCAUUGAUCUUGCUUCCCGGCUUCUGCAGUAUUCCCCAACUCUUCGAUGUACUGCGCUGGAAGCAUGUGCUCACCCAUUCUUUGAUGAGCUCCGUGAGCCCAAUGCUCACUUGCCAGAUGGUCGUCCAUUUCCCCCUCUAUUCAACUUUAAACAAGAGUUAUCUGGAGCAUCUCCAGAGCUUAUUGAUAAGUUGAUACCUGAUCAUGUGAAGCGGAAGAUAGGGCUACGACAUACUCGUUUUGCUGGAACAUGA